AUGGCUUCCUCGUCGUCCAACGUCGUCGGCGUCCACUACCGAGUCGGAAAGAAAAUCGGAGAGGGCUCCUUUGGUGUCAUCUUUGAGGGUACUAACCUGCUCAACAAUCAGCAAGUGGCCAUCAAAUUUGAACCUCGGAAGAGUGAUGCACCACAGCUUCGAGAUGAGUACCGCACGUACAAAAUUCUCGUCGGUUGCCCUGGCAUUCCCAAUGUCUACUACUUUGGACAGGAGGGUCUGCACAACAUCCUGGUCAUCGACCUGCUCGGCCCUUCACUGGAAGAUCUUUUCGACCACUGCGGACGCCGAUUCACAAUCAAGACUGUUGUCAUGGUCGCCAAGCAGAUGCUUUCUCGAGUCCAGACGAUACACGAAAAGAACCUCAUCUACCGUGAUAUCAAGCCUGACAACUUCCUGAUUGGACGACCGGGUACCAAGGCAUCCAAUGUCAUCCACGUGGUCGAUUUUGGCAUGGCCAAGCAAUAUCGCGAUCCCAAGACCAAGCAGCACAUUCCCUACCGUGAGCGAAAGUCGCUGUCCGGUACUGCCCGUUACAUGAGUAUCAACACCCAUCUUGGACGCGAACAAUCCCGAAGAGACGAUCUGGAGGCCCUCGGUCACGUCUUCAUGUAUUUCCUUCGCGGUGGCCUUCCCUGGCAGGGCCUGAAGGCUGCCACUAACAAACAGAAGUACGAGAAGAUAGGGGAAAAGAAGCAGACCACUGCCAUUAAGGAUCUUUGCGAGGGCUUCCCUGAAGAGUUCAACAAGUACUUGACGUAUGUUCGAAACCUCGGUUUUGAAGAUACCCCCGACUACGACUACCUUCGAGAGCUCUUCACCCAGGCCUUGAAGAACGCUGGUGACGUCGAGGAUGGCGAGUACGACUGGAUGAAGAUCAACAAGGAUUCGGGAAAGGGGUGGGACUCGAUGAAGAAUCAUGGCGCCGCAUACUUGCACAACCCAAACGCCCGCCCCGGUCCUUCUCAAAUGGAGCUGCACAGUGGUCAUCGUCCUGGGAAUACCACCUCUCAACAGCAGGCUCCGAUCACCGUCAGCCGUUUAAACGCCGCGCAGCCACCUCCUCCAUCGCCGAUCAAGCAGAUGGGGAGCAAGAGAGAUCGUCCAAACGCCCAAGGCGGGCUGCAAGCCCAGCGCAUGAGUGGAACAGGCCUUCGCGAAAUGGGUACCCCGACUGGCUCAACCCAGGCCCAGUUCCAGAACAGCACCCAGAACCUGCCUCAGCCGAUAACGACCCAGCCGGGCCCCAUGGCGGCCGCGGGCCAGCCUAGCGGACGACCUGCUGAAGCCCCCCAGCCCAGCGGCUUCCAGAAAUUCAUCAAGACUAUUUGCUGCGGUUAA